AUGGAUUACUUCAUUGUACGUGAUGAUUUAGUUAUAUAUAUAUAUAUAGGAGUGUAUUCGCAACUUAACUCAUUGUGUCUUCCAAGUAGAAUGUGUGCCAUUUUAACAAUAAUUUUGCAAGCGAUUAUUUUCACUGCUUCAUGUGUGUUGUGUUUAAAUAAUGGAUUGACUAGAACACCACCAAUGGGAUGGAAGUUUUGUCCACAAUUCCGAUGUCCAGUAAACUGCCAAAAAUAUCCAAAAGGCUGUCUUAGUGAGAAUGAAAUCAAACGAACAGCUGAUAAACUGGUUUCGGAUGGUUGGAGAGAUCUGGGUUAUAAAUAUAUGGUAAUUGAUGAUUUUUGGUUGGCAAACAAACGUGAUUUGGAAAUGAAUAAUAUGUCGGCAUAUUCUACACGAUUUCCUAAUGGUAUUGAAAGCGUUGGAAAAUAUCUGCACUCCAAAAAUCUUCUAUUUGGUAUAAAUCUUGGUAAAGGGGACACGAAAUGUUCUGGUUAUCCAGAAAUUAUCAAUCAAUUGGAAUUGGAUGCAAAAGCAGUGGCCGACUGGGGAGUAGAUUUUGUGAAGUUGCAUGCAUGCCACUGUACUGAGAAUUACUUUGAAAAAUAUAUCAAAUUACGUGAAGGAACUGGCAGGCCCGUGAUGCUUUUGUGUACUUAUCCAGAAUAUAAGUAUUGGAUUACAAAUCCCAAUUUAUUUGACUGGAAAAGAUUACAAAACACGUGUAAUUUGUGGCGAGCUUCGUACAACGGGCGAAACGACUCGCGAUAUAUAAUCCACUAUAUAAUUCCGCGGAAAAUUCAUGACAACGAUUCACCGAAUUUGGCGGGUUCAGGGCGCUGGAACGAUCCUGGUUUGUUGGAUUUAGGAAACAACGGACUUACGAAUGAUCAAAAUCGAGUUCAUGUGGGCGUGUGGUGUAUGUUCGCCGCUCCACUGCUGAUAUCAACUGAUAUGGAGAAGGUGGAUAAAUUCAGUGCAUCCUUGUUACGUAACAAACAUUUGUUGGCGAUAAAUCAGGAUAAGGGUGAACAUCGGGCGAAAUUCGUCAAAUCACGAAAUGAUGUACAGCUGUGGAUACGAAAAUUAAGUGAUCAUCCAAGUGGUUGGGUAAUAGCUUACGUCAAUACACGGGAUGAUGGACGAUCAAUGAAGUUUGUCACGAGUCUUGAUGAAUUCAAAUCACAGAUGUAUACGAUAUCAGGAGAUAAGUUCCAUUUACUAGAUGUAUUCACUGGUGAAAGAUUCAAAGACGUGAGGUUGAGAGAGAAUUUUACAAUUUCUAUCAACCCAUCUGGAAUAAUGAUGUUUCGAAUCAUUCCAUUUCAAUUGAUUCGCAGUUCUAAGUAA